AUGACCACUCCUGCUCCUUCUAGAGUUAUGGCUCCCACAACCACCUCACCUCUUACCACGAUGAGCACUUCUGCUCUAACUCAUUUGCCCACAACCACAUCAGUCCCUUCACAAACUACAUCCUCUGUUCCAACCACAACUUCUCCUUCACUAGUGACCACAAGCUCUCCUUUGACUACAUCUCCUGCAGUGGCCACAACCCCUCUUGCACCUAGCACAAAUACUAUUCUUUCUCCAACCACAACUACAUCUGCUGUACCCACAACUCCACCUGCCUCUAUGACUGUUUCUUCAACUGAAUGUCUGGUGCAAACCAUCGCCUCUACUCUGACCUUAACUUCUAUUGGAACCACAACUGGUGCAGCCUCAACUACCAUUACAACUCGUGCUCCUACUACAACGAUGAUUCCCACAACCACCUUCUCUUCUACCACGAUAACCACUGCUCCCCCAAAAGAAAGUCCUGUCCCCGCAACCACCUCAACGCCUUCACAAACAUCAACCACAACUUCUGCAGCUUUUGUCACAACUAAAUCUUUGACCACACCUGCUGCAGUCUCAGCAACCACCUCAUCUACAACCAAACAUCUUGUACCCAAAACAGCUUCAACUGUUUCAAGAACCACAUCAACCUCUCCUAAAUGGGUCAGAACAACCUUUGCUUUGACCACACCGACUGUAGUGUUGACGACUGCUUCUAUUUCAACCGCAACUACAUUGCCCACAACCUCAUCUGUUGUACCCACAACUCCUGCAAUCUCAACUACACUUUCUACAAUUACGAUGACGACAACCAGCUCAUCUCCUAUUGCGAUGACCAAUGCUGCUCCAACCACAACCAACUUUGCUAGCUCAUAUUCUGUUGUACCCACAACUGUACAAGCCACUACUUUAGUCUUUCCAACCCCAAAUCCUGAGCUCACAACUGACCCAGCCCUCUCACAAACCACAAUCAUUGCUUCAACCACUUCUCCUGCAUUGGCCACAACUACUGCGCUGCCCACAACCCUUCCUUUCCCUACCACAAAGACUACUCUUGCUCCAACUACAAUGCUGAGAAUCACCUCUGCUACAACCUCAUCUUCUGAUAAUGAUACUUGCUUUUGUCACAACUACAUCUUUGACCAUGACUACUGCAUUGCCAACAACCACCUCAACUCCUACCACAAUGACCACUCUUUAUCAAACCACAACUACAAUGCCUGCAACCACAUCUGCGGCUGCAUCCACAAGUCCUGUACCCACAACCACCUCUACUACUGGAACCACAAUUGCACCACCAGCCACUACGUGGUCUCCGACCACCAGUCCUGUGCUCACAACCACAUUGGCUCUGACUAA